AUGGCCAAACUUUUGUUGUUGGUGCUUUUCUUUGCGGCCACGAUUGCGCAGGAUGUUUGGUACAAAUGUGAGCAGACCGAUUUGGAGAUUGAACAGAAAAGAUUCAACAAAGCAAUUGGAAUCGACGAGAAUCUUACCUUUCGAAAUAUCAGUGAUCUCUACGAAGCGACUUUUGCCGUUUUCCGUCAAGAUCAGCUGAAAGUUUGUGGAGCGCGUCAACAAUUCGCUCAAUAUUUGGGUGCAAAAUACAUGGAUUGUAUUGAUCCGUGGACGAUUUCAAGCUUUGGAGGUUUACCUGGAUAUGCUCCAAUCGAUUACGCUCAAAUCUGGAAUCGACUUGAGUUCGCAUGUGGAGCUGGAUCAUUUAUCUCCCUCUACAGCUAUGAAUGUGUCUACAAUGCCACUCGUUUGCCAAUGUUCAGCGCAUGCUACCAAACUUGGCGCAACAAUCGUGAUCAAUUCAUGCACAUUCAGGACUAUUGCGCAGCAACGGCUAUUUACAUGCAAUGUGGCUAUGAUUCGGUCGUUUCUUACGGAUGCAAUACCAAAGACGAUUUGACUCCUUUCUAUCUUUGCGAAAGCAUUCGAAUGGGCAAUGGACGAAUCUGCGCCGGGCAACCAAACCAAAGAUGUUAUGUU